UUUUGGUCCCACGUGGGCAGGCGGGUGAUGGCGGCCCUGGUUGUGUCCGAGGCGGCGGAGCAGAGCGGCCGAACCGGCCCUAGCAGAGGUCGGGCCCCUCGGGGCCGCUUGGCCAAUCAGAUCCCCCCUGAGAUCCUGAACAACCCCCAGCUGCAGGCAGCCAUCCAGGUUCUGCCUUCCAACUACAACUUUGAGAUCCCCAAGACCAUCUGGAGGAUCCAACAAGCCCAGGCCAAGAAGGUGGCCUUGCAAAUGCCUGAAGGCCUCCUUCUCUUCGCCUGCACCAUUGUGGAUAUCUUGGAAAGGUUCACAGAGGCUGAAGUGAUGGUGAUGGGUGAUGUGACCUAUGGGGCCUGCUGUGUGGAUGAUUUUACUGCAAGAGCCCUGGGAGCUGACUUCUUGGUGCACUAUGGACACAGCUGCCUAGUUCCCAUGGACACCUCAGCCCAAGACUUCCGGGUGCUGUAUGUCUUUGUGGACAUCCGGAUAGACACUACCCACCUACUGGACUCUAUCCGCUUCACCUUUCCCCCAGCCAGUGCCCUUGCCCUGGUCAGCACCAUUCAGUUUGUGUCAACCUUGCAGGCAGCUGCCCAGGAGCUGAAAGCUGAGUAUCGUGUGAGUGUCCCACAGUGCAAACCCCUGUCACCUGGGGAGAUUCUGGGCUGCACGUCUCCAAGACUUCCCAAAGAGGUGGAGGCUGUUGUGUAUCUUGGAGAUGGCCGCUUCCAUUUGGAGUCAGUCAUGAUUGCCAAUCCCAAUGUCCCCGCUUACCGGUAUGACCCGUACAGCAAAGUCCUGUCCAGAGAGCACUAUGACCAUCAGCGCAUGCAGGCUGCCCGCCAAGAAGCCAUAGCCACUGCCUCCUCAGCUAAAUCCUGGGGCCUUAUUCUGGGCACUUUGGGCCGCCAGGGCAGUCCAAAGAUCCUGGAGCACCUGGAAUCUCGACUCCGAGCCUUGGAACUUCCCUUCGUGAGGCUGCUGCUCUCUGAGAUCUUCCCCAGCAAGCUUAGCCUACUUCCUGAGGUAGAUGUGUGGGUGCAGGUGGCAUGUCCACGCCUCUCCAUUGACUGGGGCACAACCUUCCCUAAGCCGCUGCUGACACCCUAUGAGGCGGCCGUGGCCCUGAGGGACAUUUCCUGGCAGCAGCCCUACCCGAUGGACUUCUACGCUGGCAGCUCCCUGGGACCGUGGACGGUGAACCACGGGCGGGACCGGCCCCCCCAGGCCUCGGGGCGGCCGGCGCUGGGGAAGGUGCAGGAGGGGUCCACUCGCCCUUCUCCAGUCGCGGACUGCGAGGACUGCAGCUGCAGAGACGAGAAGGUGGCACCGCUCGCUCCUUGACACGCUCCGGGGGUCCCAGGGCCCUGUCUUCUGGAGGAGCAGCCUCGAGGCUGGUGGUUUUCAGACCAGGACGCAAACAUUUUCAACGCACUGGAAGAGCCCACAGUGUGCAGAGGUCUGGACGAAGCCCUGGAAACGGUGGCACAGGCACUGAACAAGCUGGGGCCCUUUGACGGGCUCCUUGGUUUCAGUCAAGGGGCUGCACUAGCAGCCCUUGUGUGUGCUCUGGGCCAGGAAGGCGAUCCCCGCUUCCCCUUGCCGCGGUUUAUUAUCCUGGUAUCUGGUUUCUGUCCCCGGGGCCUUGGACUCAAGGAAUCCAUCCUGCAGAGCCCCUUGUCACUGCCUUCGCUCCAUGUUUUUGGGGACACAGACCGCGUCAUCCCCUCUCAGGAGAGUAUGCAACUGGCUAGCCGAUUCCCUGGAGCCAUCACCCUCACCCAUUCUGGUGGCCACUUCAUUCCAGCGGCUGCACCCCAGCGCCAGGCCUACCUCAAGUUCUUGGACCAGUUUGCAGAGUGAAAGUUCAA